CCUCCAUCUCCUCUCCCUCCCUCUCACCGUCCCCCACAUCCCGUCGCCCGCCAUGGCCUUCUCCUCGCCCCUCUUCGCGCCGCUCAACAACGCCGUCGCUGCGCCGGCCGCCGACAUGCGCCGCUUCCCCAUCCGCGCACCCCUCGAGGUCGAGACGCCCCCGACCGGCGCCGCCCUCUACGCCCGCUUCGCCUUCGCCGGUGCCGUCUGCUGCGCCAUCACCCACGGUGCCCUGACGCCCGUCGAUGUCGUCAAGACGCGCAUCCAGCUUGAGCCGGAGGUGUACAACAAGGGCAUGGUCACUGGCUUCCGCCAGAUCAUCGCCAAGGAGGGCUCCGGCGCGCUCCUGACCGGCCUCGGCCCCACGGCCGCCGGUUACUUCCUGCAGGGUGCCUUCAAGUUCGGCGGUUACGAGUUCUGGAAGAAGACGAUCAUCGACCAGGUCGGCCUCGAGACGGCCACGGCCAACCGCGCCGCCGUCUACAUUGGUGCCUCGGGUAUCGCCGAGUUCUUCGCCGACAUUGCCCUGUGCCCGCUCGAGGCCACGCGCAUCCGUCUCGUCUCCACGCCCGGCUUCGCCAACGGCCUCGUUGGUGGCUUCGGCCGCAUCGCUCGGGAGGAGGGCCUCAAGGGCUUCUACUCUGGCUUCGGUCCCAUGCUCUUCAAGCAGGUGCCGUACACCAUGGCCAAGUUCGCCGUCUACGAGGUCGCCUUCGAGAAGAUCCUGUCGCUCACGGGCAAGCCGAAGGAGGAGCUGUCGGCCGGUCUCGUCACCAGCCUCAACCUGGCGUCCGGUGUGAUUGCCGGUCUCGCCGCCGCCUUCAUCUCGCAGCCCGCCGACACGCUGCUGUCGAAGAUCAACAAGUCCAAGGCCGAGCCGGGCCAGUCGACGACGUCGCGCCUCAUCGGCAUGAGCAAGCAGCUCGGCGUCAAGGGCCUCUUCGGCGGCCUGGGCCCGCGUAUGGUCAUGAUUGCCACGCUCACCGCCGGCCAGUUCGCCAUCUACGGCGACAUCAAGCGUGUGCUUGGCGCCACCAACGGUGUCGAGCUCGCCAAGACCCCCAAGGCCUAAGCGACCACCAUCUACCCACUUCGCCCAUUCCGCUCGUCGCUGCGCCGGUGCACCUUUCUGCACUGCCGGCCUCGGGCUUCAUAGACCCCUCUUCGCCUGUGACGCCCACCCUUUUCUGCUGUUGCAAACGAAACGAUCACUGCC